UUAUUUUGAAAGCAGCAGUGCGUUGUUGUGUUUCCGGUGCCGAUCGCUCGAUAGCUUUAGCUGCUAACAGUUGAGGACACUUUUGGGGAUUUUUGUGUUGUUGAAAGGAAUAUUUCAGAGCUCAGAUAGAAACCCAACACUCGUCUGCUGUACAACUCGUCUCAGAUAUGGACGAAUCGCGAGUGUUUGCGUGGAUGUGUGGCUUUCUGCUGAUGUGUGUCGCCGUCCGUGUUUCUGAGGCGAAAACAACAACAAUCCCACCUCUUCACAAACCAUGCAACACAAUGGCUUCCUGUGAGCCGUGCCUCGCCAAUGUCUCGUGUUUGUGGUGCCAGACGAACAGCAGCUGCUCAGAUUAUCCGGUGUCGUAUGUGAUUCCUCCGGCCUCGGUGUGUCCGCUCUCUCAGGCGCGCUGGGGUGUUUGCUGGGUGAACUUCGAGGCUCUGAUCAUCUCGAUGGCGGUGGUGUGUGGGACUCUGCUGCUGGCCGUCUCCGUCUGCUGCUGCUGCUGCUGCUGCUGUAAACGCAGACGCUCGUCCAG